CACACAGCGGGUGAUCUUUCGUGGCUGCGCGCGAGCUCCAGUCUCCAUUGCGCGCGAGCUCCAGUCUCCAUUGCGCUCGAGCGCCGUUUGUUUUGCCGCGUUUUUUUCCUUCUCUAUAUGAAGCAGAGCAUCAGCAGUGCGCAACAGCACAUCACACACAUCCACACACACACACAUACACACACACACAUACACACGCUUUACAGCCGCCCUGUUAAACGCGGAACAGAAUGAGGGAGUAAGUGUGGAGCAGAGCUCAGGUGGAAACAUGGUCAGUAGGUUUAAAUGAACUAACAGAGGAAGAAAAGAGGACGCGAGUCAAAACCAGGUGACGGGAAUUUUCUAACCGUCGCAUGGGGGCCAUGAGCUGCGCGGACACCGCCGCCACCAAACUGUUGAGCUUCAACCAACGUUCUGCCUCAGAAGACCUGGGCUGCAGGCGGGGCGAGUUCAGCCGGAAGCACUAUGGAUCAGUGGAACUGCUGAUCUCCAGCGACGCCGACGGAGCCAUACAGAGAGCCGGGAGGUUCAGAGUGGAGAACGGUUCGUUAGAUGAGACGGCGGACUACACCCCAGGAACCUGGAGGAGAACGGAUGUCCAUCUGGAGAACCCAGAAUACCACACCAGAUGGUUCUUCAAGUACUUCCUGGGAAAAGUGCAUCAAAACUACGUCGGCAUGGACGCGGAGAAGAACCCGUUCUACUUAUCUGUGGUUCUGUCAGACCAGAACAACCAGAGGGUUCCACAGUAUAGAGCCAUUCUCUGGUGCAAAACGGGUACACUCAAGAUUAGCCUUCCCUACAGCCCUACAAAAACAUUAUCAGUCAAAUCCAUAUUAAGUGCCAUGAACAUGGAGCGCUUUGAGAGGGGACCUAGAGAAAUCCUCAACCCAGAGAUCCAAAAGGACUUGCUGGUGCUAGAGGAACAAGAGGGCAGCGUAAACUUCAAAUUUGGAGUACUCUAUGCCAAAGAUGGUCAGCUGACAGAUGAUGAAAUGUUCAGUAAUGAGACCGGAAGUGAGAACUUUGAUAAGUUUUUGAAUCUCCUUGGUGACACCAUCUGUCUGCAAGGCUGGGCUGGAUACAGAGGAGGCCUGGAUACUAAGAAUGACACUACAGGAAUAAAUUCCAUCUACACAGUUUAUCAGGGUCAUGAGCUUAUGUUCCACGUAUCCACCAUGCUACCGUACUCAAAGGAGAAUAAACAGCAGGUGGAGAGGAAGAGACACAUCGGGAACGACAUCGUCACAAUCGUAUUCCAGGAGGGGGACGAUGCCUCGCCGUCUUUCAAGCCCUCCAUGAUCCGAUCCCACUUCACUCAUAUUUUUGCCUUAGUUAGAUAUAACAGUCAGAACGACAGCUAUAGGUUGAAGAUCUUCUCAGAAGAGAGCGUGCCGUUAUUUGGUCCACCCCUACCUUCCCCACCUGUAUUCACAGACCACCAAGAGUUCAGGGACCUCCUACUAGUCAAACUAAUAAAUGGAGAGAAAGCCACUCUCGAGACGCCCACAUUUGCUCAGAAACGUCAGAGAACUCUAGACAUGCUGAUCAGAUCUCUGUACCAAGACCUCAUGCCAGACCUGCACAAGGUUCCCUUCUCUCCACAGAACAUGCUGAAUCGACGCUCCUUCAGCGACGUGCUGCCCGAAUCACCCAAGUCCGCUCGCAAGAAGGAGGAGGCGCGUCAGGCCGAAUUUGUCCGGAUAGGACAGGCACUGAAAUUGAAGACUAUAGUGAGAGGGGACGCGCCUACGAGUCUAGUCAACACUGGUCUCUGCAGGAAGGAGCCAUGGGAGUCUCAGUCGUUCUGCAGUAGCUUCGCACAUGACAUCGUCUGCGGGGAUUCCUGGGGUCAGUCAUUACUGGUGGCCACCGAAUCAGCAGGAGUCAUGCUGUUAGAAGCUUCAGAUCCUUUGCUUUCAAAUGCAGACUCCCCCUCCCUGCCUCCAGUGCAAGUGAUCGACAAGACUCUGACCGUCAAGCAGAUGCACGUACUCGAACCUCAGGAUCUUCUCAUCAUCAGGGCGGAUAAAGGAAAGGAUGCCCGUCUUUACGUGUACAAACUGAGUGCCCUUAAACAAGGCAUAGAGGAGAGGCAACUGGUCCGGACCAAAUGCGACAGCAGAGAGAACAAGCUGGAGAAAACCAAAGGCUGCCAUCUGUACUCCAUAAACACACACCACGGGCUGGAGCUUCGCAUCGUGGCAGCAAUUAGGAACAAGCUCCUUCUUAUAACCAGAAAACAUCCUCGCCUGGACUGCCUCAGUUCUGUCAGCACGAGCACUGGGACCGGGGAGUCACCAGUGGAAGAGUUCCAGUACAUCAGGGAGAUCUGCCUGUGCGACUCUCCGGUCGUCAUGGCACUGGUCGACGGACCGACCGGAGAGAACGAUCACAUGAUCUGCGUGGCCUACAGACACCAGUUUGACCUGAUCAACGAGAGCACGGGGGACGCAUACAGACUGCACCAUGUAGAGUCCAACCGGGUAAACUUUGUAGCGGCUAUAGACGUAUACGAAGACGGAGAGGCCGGGAUACUGCUUUGCUACAACAACCUGUGCGCCUAUAAGAAGGUGUGUCCGUUUAACGGGGCCACACCCAUGAUCCAGCCCAACUCCUCAGACUUUCUCUUCAGCUGGAAUCAAAUGCCCAACGGCAUCGUGUGCGCAUUCCCCUACAUUCUGGCCUUUACUACUGACUCUAUAGAGAUCAGACUGGUGGUAAAUGGAAAUCUGGUUUACACCGCUGUUGUUCCCGAGCUCCAGCUUAUAGCCUCUAGGUCUGACAUUUACUUCAUAUCGUCGGCGCCCGUGAAUUCCGCCUCCAACAGCAGCUCCAGAGACACCAGCUCGCAGAGCUCUCCGCAAACGCCCACAGGUUUCGAGAUGCCCAUGUUUCCCUCACCCCUGGGAGAUGGUGACGCUCCCUCCAAACACAUCUAUAAGAUCCCACUCUGUAACUUGGUAGGGCGAAGCAUAGAGAGGCCUCUCAAAUCACCGCUGGUCAACAAGGUGCUCACGGCCGCGGCUCCAGGCCUGAUAGGCUCCGCGCCUACGAUCUCAAGCACGCCCUCCCUCUCACUUUCUCGCAUGGAGAUCAAAGAGAUCGCCAGUCGAACAAGGAAAGAACUGCUCGGUUUGACCGAAGAGCCCAGCAGUAAAGCAGACAGCAGCGCCAACAGACAGAGGAAGACGAGCAAGAAAACAACAAAGGAGGAAGAGAAGAGAAGACCAGCAGGGAUCACAAGCACCGAGCAAGUCGGCCUGGAGUGCGUAGACGGCGACAUCGACAUCCAGCGGCAUUGCUCCUCGGGCUCGGAGACAGAGCCUCCAGAGAACAGUCCGCCCCUGACCAGCACUUUAACGCUCUCUGCAUCCUUCGAGGAGGACAUCCUAGACCUGAAAUGACGACAAUCCCUCAUCGUAGCCCUUCCUCAACCCCAUUUUUUUUAUAUUAUGUUUUUUUUGUACUUUUGUAUUUGUCCUCAUACGCGGUACGUGAUCGAUUCCCACAGCUUUGCACUUGAUCGAGUUUACAUCUCUCAGUGUGAUUACCGUUUUAAAAUGCACCGUGUGUGUGUGUGUGUGUGUGUGUGUGUCCGUGCGUCUUGUUCAGUGAGACUCCAGCUAAAACAUAACAUGAUGUGACUGAAGGAAUUUGUGCACAAUAUGUUUAUUCCAGAUUAUUAUUACGUCCGAGGAGAAAAAAGAAACUGUGCAUCUCAGGAUGUGGCUGCACACGUGAAGAUAAUGUAUAGAGAAAAGUCUAAUCAAAUAUUAAAUCUAGAGAAAUGUA